UGGGCCAUAUCAAAAUCAAAGUGAUUGGACAAUCUCGGCCGUCUGGUGAUUCAACCAUUGAGUAAACCAUCCAUUUUGUGGAUUAAUGAUCAGAUGGCUACCAUAGUCUGAUCAUCUUGCAUUUGGCAUUGGCCCACCAAAUCAAUGGUCAUGAUCAUCAAAACGAUGGAUCUUUCAAUUUGUGGCUAUGUAGAUGGAAUUCCACGGUAUGGAUGGAUAUGGAGGGCCAAUGUACGUUGGGACCGGGUGCUUUUUCAGGAGGGAGAGUCUAUGUGGGAAGAAGUAUAGUGAGGAAUACAAAGAGGAAUGGAAAAAAGGAAAGGAAGGGCGAGCAAAGGGAAAUGCUAUGGCGUUGGAGGAUAGAGCCAAAGGUCUUGCAAGUUGCACUUGUGAAGAGAAUACUCAGUGGGGAAAAGAGAUGGGAUUGAAGUAUGGGACUCCAGUGGAGGAUGUAACAACAGGUUUGGCAAUUCAAUGUAGGGGGUGGAAAUCCAUAUAUCUCAACCCAACUAGGAAAGCAUUCUUGGGUAUUGCACCUACAACCUUAUUACAAUCAUUGGUGCAACAUAAGAGAUGGGGAGAAGGUCACCUUCAACUAUUCCUCACCAAGCACUGUUCCUUCAUACAAGGGCAUGGCAAGAUAAAGCUACAACUUCAAAUGGGCAAUGCUAUUCUCAAUGCAUGGGCUGUCAAUGCCUUCCCAACACUAUGUUAUGUUGUGGUCCCAUCCCUCAGCCUUCUCAAUGGCAUUUCCUUAUUCCCAAAGAUCUCAAGCCCAUGGUUCAUUCCCUUUGCAUAUGUGACCGUCGCAAAGCACACAUACAGCCUAGUCGAGGGGCUAUGGUUGGGAGAUACAGUCCAGUCAUGGUCGAACCAACAACGAAUUUGGCUCUACAGAAGGACAUCGGCAUACUUCUUCGCCAACAUCGAUGUGGCACUCAAGUUAUCAGGGCUUGCCAAGUCAGCAUUCGCAAUAACAGCCAAGGAAACCGACGAAGAGGUGGCCAAGAGGUAUGAACUGGAGAUCAUGGAGUUUGGGUCCAAUUCUCCCAUGUUCACCAUCCUAGUGACGCUGGCGAUGUUGAACCUCUUCUGUCUAUUUGGUGCAAUCAAGAGGGUAGCCAUGGGUGAUGAAAUGGGAGAUGUGGAGGCAUUGGUGUUGCAGUUUGUUCUAUGUGGGGUGUUGGUCAUCAUCAACUGGCCUAUCUAUCAAGGGCUCUUCUUGCGUGAUGAUAUGGGACGCCUGCCCACUACAGUUGCAUUUGCAUCUAUUGGUUUAGCUGUGCUGGCUUGUCUAAAUCCCAUGCAUUAGAGCAUGUGUCACAUAUAUAACAUUUUGGAUUAUUUUGAUGCAGACACCAAAACCAUAGUUUUCAAGUCGAACCCAUUGUUCAAGUA